GGGCCGGGAAGACAUUUAGUUUGACAUUGUAAAUAAGCAGAGAGCAGUUGUCAGAGAGCAGCCCGUGGAAGCUUUCUCAUCCGUCCAGCAGCAGAAGAGGCAGGAAGCGUCAGAGGGCGAACAAUGCUCAGAGUAGAGAAUGUCUGCAGAUGCUUUUGGUGCUGGGGGCAGCGAUGCCCAGCAAACCCUUCAGUCCUUCUGGCCACGUGUCAUGGAGGAGAUCAGGAACUUGACUAUGAAGGAUUUUCGUGUGCAGGAGUUGCCUUUGGCCCGAAUCAAGAAAAUCAUGAAGCUGGAUGAGGAUGUCAAGAUGAUCAGUGCAGAGGCUCCGGUCCUGUUUGCCAAAGCAGCUCAGAUCUUCAUCACAGAGUUGACACUCAGAGCAUGGAUCCACACUGAGGACAACAAGAGGCGCACACUGCAGAGAAAUGACAUUGCCAUGGCAAUAACAAAGUUUGACCAGUUUGACUUCUUGAUCGACAUUGUACCCCGGGACGACUUGAAGCCUCCUAAACGACAGGAGGAGAUGCGCCAGUCUGUAGCUCCAGCAGAGCCGGUGCAGUACUACUUCACUUUGGCCCAGCAACCAGGAGCUGUACAGGUGCAGGGCCAACAACAGGGCCAGCAGACCGGCGCGCAGACGGCCACAACUAUCCAGCCCGGACAGAUCAUCAUUGCACAGCCACAGCAAGGACAGAUGUUGCAAGGUGCCACCAUGCAGCAGUUACAGCAAGUGCAGGUGCAAUCACAGGGCACGCCCAUUACGAGCGCUCCAGUGGCUAUGCAGGUGGGCGAGGGCCAACAGGUACAGAUUGUGCAAGCUGCUGCAGCUCAAGGUCAGGGUCAGACUGCUCAGGCACAAGGCCAGACUAUGCAGGUCAUGCAGCAGAUCAUCACCAACACAGGAGAGAUUCAGCAGAUUCCAGUGCAACUAAACACAGGCCAGCUGCAGUACAUCCGUCUGGCGCAGCCUGUGUCUGGAGCCCAAGUGGUCCAAGGACAGAUUCAGACUCUCGCCAACACACAGCAGAUUACACAGACUGAGGUACAGCAAGGACAGCAGCAGUUCAACCAGUUCACUGACGGACAGCAGUUAUAUCAGAUUCAGCAGGUGACAAUGCCAGCGGGACAGGAGCUGGCCCAGCCCAUGUUUAUUCAGUCCACCAACCAGACAGGAGAUGCACAAGUCACUCAGGUCAGCACCGACUGAGCCAACCAGGAAUCUUCAUACACAUGGCGCAAACCAGCCUACGUGAAGCUGACGGAUACGAACACCAACUCUGACAAAGAACGCUUGCUAGUUGAUUCUCAGCACUCAUGUUGAGACAGGGGACUUAAAAUCUUACACCGCACAGUUUAGUUUCAAUUCAUUUACUACAGCAGAUCAAAAAAUAAAAAAUACACCAAAGGGACACAGUGAUUCACUGACAGUUUACUUUUUUGUUCUGCCACAGUCCUAAAUGCAAAUCUCAUUGUUACCAAUUUUAUUUAUCUCUCACUUUACUCAUCUCAUGUACAAAUGUCAAGAUGUUUGUCUCUGUUCCUGGUACUUUUUUGUAUGGAAACGCGUUAUUAAA